AAUGUCAGCUACUGGCGAAUCUACUGCCACCUAUUAAUCUUUCUCUUCCAUACUGCAAAUGAUAACAUCAGAAGCACCACAGCGAGGUUUACUUUCGUUUCGGGCGGCCGUGUUUACUUGUUUCACUGGGGUUUUUUUUCGCACCGCCCAUCUCCCGGUCAUACUCGCUUUGUGAAAGAAUAUGAAGUUGCCUAGUCAUGCUGAUGUUGACAGGGCGCAGUUCGGUUCACGCGUUCGGGAGCAAUGCCCAGAUCCGUUCGCCCUCGAGCGCGAAUGUAAUGUGCCCAGCUGCGUGUGUGACUAAGUGCGCGCGCGCUGCCAGCGGAACCUGUGACACGGGAAACGGGGGGCCUGGGGAGAAAAAGUGACUCGCUGAAGAACUUUGAACUCCCGAGAAACAGAGGAACUGGGACGAAAACUGCAAGGCCACCCGUCGUAUUUACACUGGACGUUUUUAAAUGGUCGCCCGCCGCUAGUCGUCUUACAUUGCUACCGCUUCUCGCAGCUGUCACACUGCUGGUCUCGCGCGUUUCUUCAGAAAUCCCAGUCGGCUGUGGAAUGCCUCAAGUUCCAGUUUCAGGUGGAUUAGGGCUCCGGUCAGUGGCAGGCAUCGCAAUGCGUUUCCACGGCGACAGCACCUGGGUCAACUAAAUAUAAAGUAAAAAAACAAAAUGGCUGCCGGUUCGAGGCUCGCCCGGAGUGUCUAGGAGGAGACCCCAGCCCCCCUGCACCCCCGGUUCCGAAAUUUUGAGUGACCUUUGGCGACCCCCCCCCGGUGACCAUCGCACCUGUGCAGCUCAGAGACAUUUGGAGGGAAACAAGAAGCUACCCUCACCUGGUCUGAGACGCUGAGAUUUGACUCGUCGCUAUUUUCAGUUAUUUAUGUAUUUAUUUGUAUAGCUUUUUUUUUUUUUGUGCGAAAUCGGUGAACGAUGUCUGUUGUGUGUAAAGACUGGAACGCCGCUAGCCUGCUGAACAGAGAGAGGAGGAACGACUCUUUGGCCCCUGGAGACCAUCAUCUCCGUCCGACCUUCAGGCCCCACGGCUGGGUAUAGGCCUCCAGGCUCACCCCCCCCGGACCCCCAGGGGAGACCCUCUCCGAAACCCUCCUCCGAAAAAACCCUAAUCUCCGCCGAUCCAAACGUUCGCUUUUAAAAAAAGAAAAAGGAAAGCGGGAACGGCGAAACGCUGGCGUGCUCACGGGAGAGAAUGCUUUGCUCCAAGAAGCGCAGGCCCACGCGGGACCAGGACUUUUCGACCAUCGCCGUGCCGUCGUCCCGGGGCCUGGGGUACCUGGACUACACCAUCGGGGGCCACCCCUCCCGGGCCCUGCAGGCCAUGGACGAGCUGCGGCACAGCGAGAUGCUGUGCGACCUGGUGCUCCACGUCACCAACAAGGACACCUCCGCCUGCUUCAAGGUGCACAGGGUGGUGCUGGCGGCCUGCAGCCCGUACUUCAAGGCCAUGUUCACCAGCAACUUCCGGGAGUCGCAGGCGGCGGAGGUGACGCUCCGCGACGUCAGCCCGCAGGUGGUGGGCCGGCUGAUCGACUUCGCCUACACGUCGCGCGUCACCGUGGGCGAGAAGUGCGUGCCGCACGUGCUGCUGGCCGCCAUGCGCUACCAGGUGGAGGGCGUGGCCAAGGCCUGCUGCGACUUCCUGGCCAAGAGCCUGGAGCCCGGCAACGUGAUCGGCAUCACGCGCUUCGCCGAGGACGUGGGGUGCAGCGAGCUCCACCGGCAGGGCCGCGAGUACAUCAACAUGCACUUCAGCGAGGUGACGAAGGAGGAGGAGUUCUUCUGCCUGUCGCAUUGCCAGCUGCUGGAGCUGAUCAGCCAGGACAGCCUGAAGGUGCUGUGUGAGUCGGAGGUGUACAAGGCCUGCAGUGAGUGGGUGCGCUGGGACGUGGAGGGGCGGGCCCAGUACUUCCACGCCCUGCUCAACGCCGUGCACAUCUACGCCCUGCCCGCCAGGUUCCUCAAGAGGCAGCUGCAGUCCUGCCCCAUCCUCAGCAAGGCCAACUCCUGCAGGGACUUCCUGUCCAAGAUCUUCCAGGACAUGUCCCUGCGCCGGCCCCUCCCGCCCGCCCCGCACCGCGGCACCCAGCUCAUCUACGUGGCGGGCGGCUACAGGCAGCGGUCGGUGCGCUGCACGGAGGCCUACGACCCGCAGAGCCGGGCGUGGCUGCGGCUGUCCAGGAUCACGGCGCCCUGCAGCGGGCUGGGCGCCUGCGUGCUGUUCGGCCUCUUCUACGCGGUCGGCGGGCGCAACCUGACGGCGCAGGACAACUGGGAGUCGAGCGCCAUGUGCUGCUACAACCCCAUGACCAACCGCUGGACGCAGCAGGCCCCGCUGAACGUGCCGCGCAACCGCGUGGGCGUGGCCGUCGUCGACGGCAACAUCUACGCCGUCGGGGGCUCCUGCGGCUCCGUGCACCACAGCAGCGUGGAGAGGUACGACCCGGAGACGGCGCAGUGGGCGUUCGUGGCCCCCAUGUCGGUGGCCAGGCUGGGGGCGGGCGUGGCCUCCUGCGGGGGGGCGCUGUACGUGGCGGGGGGGUACGACGGGGAGACGCGCUGGAGGAGCGCGGAGAGGUACCACCCCGAGACCAACAGCUGGCAGCCCAUCGCCCCCAUGGGCUCCGUGCGCAGUGGGCUGGGCUUGGUGUGCUUGGACGGCCACCUGUAUGCGGUGGGCGGGUAUGACGGGCGGGCGCAGCUCUGUACGGUGGAGCGCUACAGCAUUGCGCGGGACGUGUGGGAGCCCGUGGCCCCGAUGAGGCACCGCCGGAGCGCCCACGGAGUCACCGUCUACCAGGGCAAGAUCUUCGCACUGGGGGGCUUCAACCAAGACGGCUUCCUGUCCAGUGUGGAGUGCUACUGCCCGAUCGGCAACGAGUGGAUGCACAGCACGGACAUGCCCGUGGGCCGCAGCGGCAUGGGCGUGGCCGUUACCAUGGAGCCCUGCCCCGCCAGCCUCCCCGAGGAGGGGGAGGAGGAGGAGGAGGAGGGGGAGGAGCAGGAGGACGGCGGCCCGUGAGGGACAAUCUGAGCGGGGACACGGGGCGACCGCAAAGCGCACAGCCACGGGCACACCCAGGACAUUCGGUAUAGGAAGGGCUUGUCUUCAAUUGUGUGUGUGUGUAUAUGUAUAUAUAGAUAUUAUAUAUACAUAUAUAUGCACAAAUAUAUAUAUAAAAGGUGGUAUCGGGUUCUUCAUGAGCUUUGUUCUUUCGUUACUGAGUGGAGGAAAGUAGUAGCCGAUAGCAGGACGGCCCUUUGCGUCGGGGGGGCGGAGUCGGGCUGUGCGUUCCUACGAAAGGGGAGGAGCGUGAAGGGUGAUGUCGCUCCGCAGUGGAAAGGCGGGCCGACGCCGAAACGCCGAGAGGAACCGCGCCAGACAGGACGUCUGAAACGCGACCCGUUUCGGAUGGUGUGCGUGUGCACAACAACAACAAAACACUAUGACAAAAAAACUGAAAAGUCUGAACUGGAGACAAAAACACAAACUGCACCGGGAUCGUUCACACAUGGGUCACCAACGCGGACGUCUAAUUGGCACAGAUGUGUAAUUGGCACAGAUGUGUAAUUGACGUAAUUUGGGUUCACAUUUCUACUUCUGAUUUCCACAAGUGCAA